ACUAACGGGAGGUGUCCAUCUGAAUGAAGCUACAGCACCAUUAAAGAAGCUUUCGUUUCCAUAGUUUUUAAAUGUUCACUAAACGAACUAAAGCAAUGUUUUCAACUGACAGUUUGCGAGGCUUUGUCCUCGAGCGGCUAACUGCUGCUGCUGAAGACAUUUUUGUAGUUUUCCAGAGAACUAUCGUCGAGUACGAGGAGGAGAUCGAUCGCCAGCGAAGACUGCUGGAUAACGCUGGGAUAAAGGCUCAUGAAACCUUUUCGGAUGUCCUACAGAAACAUGACGGUGAAGAUGAGGAGGUUUCGGCUGGCCAGAAGCUCUGUGACCAGGAGAGGAACUUCAAUAGUCAGGACCAAGAGGAGCCAGAGCCUCCACAGAUUAAAGAGGAACAGGAGGAACUCUUCAGUAGUCUGGAGGUAGAGCAGCUCAUAGUGAAGCAGGAGACUGAGACAUUCAUGUGGACUCCUACUCACGAAGACAGUGACCUAAGUGAACCUAAACAACACCACCUCUCUUACAAUUUCCAUGUUGCUGAGAAUCAGUAUCCUCAAGAAAACGAGCAUGGAGACUCAAUUGGAAAAUCAGAACCAACACUAAUGAAAAAACUUUACAAAAUAAAUUAUCUCAACACGGAAACAUCCAAGGUUGAUUGUAAUCCUCACCAAAGUGAAAAUUCUUUUGAAUGUGACACAUGUGGAGAAAUUUUAAAGAACAAGUCAGAGUUACAGAUACAUCAGAGUGUCCAUGGUGGAAAGAAGACACAUUCAUGCAAGAUUUGUGGGAAAAUGUUCAGUCACAAGUCAGAUUUGACUAAACAUACAAGAUCCCAUACAGGUGAGAGGCCAUUCUCAUGCAGUGUUUGUGGAAAAAGUUUCAGCUUUAACCAUGUAUUGAGGGACCACAUGAGAACACACACCGGUGAGAGGCCUUACUCCUGCAGCGUGUGUGGAAAAAGUUUCUCUCGGAUGUCACACUUGAAAAACCAUGAUAAAAUCCAUACAUGUGACAAGCCGUUCACCUGCGAAAUAUGUGGUAAAAUGUUCAGAGUAAGAGGUGAAUUGAAGGACCAUAUGAGGACUCACACAGGUGAAAAACCGUUUACAUGUGAAGUAUGUGAACGGUCUUUCACUUAUCGUAGUGUCUUAACUGCUCACAUGAGAAGAGCUCACACAGGGGAGAGGCCCUACCUUUGUAAGACCUGUGGGAAAAGCUUCUUUGAAUCAUCUAAUCUUUCACGACACAUGAAAUCACAUGCAGUGCAGACAAGUAGCCAUGUACAUGCAGAGGAGGUGGAGAUGAUUCAGUUUAAAUUAUAGCUGUAACACUGAUAAUCAUCCACAUUGCCUUUCUGUGAAGAUGCAGCUUAUUUUCUGCUAGCAUCAAAACCCAAUUAAGUGAAUGACAAAUUAAUCCUUCAAUUUUUGGACAUCUAUGUCUUAUUUACAGUAUUCUAUGCAGUAUUGUCCACUGCCUAUUGUUAGGAUUUCCUUUUUUACGGUAUUUUUAUUCCUUUAAAUUGACUUUUUUAUCUGCAUUUAUUUCUUUGAUGCUUCAGCAAAGAGAGAAACGCAGAUGAUUCCUUGCUGAUAGUUUUCCAGAAAACAAACAAACAAACAAACCAAAAAAAAACAAUUUUUUAAUGCUGGUGGAAGUUUGAUAUUUACUUCUCUGCCAGAAUCAAUAUGCAUAGCGUUUGCCAAAAAUUCUCCUUCAAAGGUUUCCCAAUUUUAACUGUGGAAAAGGUCCUAUACAUUUUGGAAAAUGCUUAUUAAACUGUUUUCCCACAGACAGAGGAGCCAUAUUUUAGGUAAUGGAAGCAUUUCUAAUUAUUUUUGGUUUUGCUCCAACAUAUUUGUUCACAAUAAUAUCAACAUUUUCAUACAUUUUACUUGCAUAUCAUCACUACACUGCUAAAGGAUGCUAACUAGUGUGUAUGUGGACAAGAUUAACCCUUUAAAUGAUGGUUUAGUGGGAGUUAAAAAUUGAGCAAAAAAUAAAAUAAUGAAAUAUAUAUAUAUAUAUAUAUAUAUUAAACUUUAAUCACAUCAACUUGUUUAAAUGACCAAUGUGACAAACAUCAAAACAAAAAACAUAUCACCACAUGCAAAGAUGACAGCUGAUGGAGAUGUAUAUUAUAAUCUGAUAUAUAUAUAUAAUAUGAUAUAUAAUCUAAAAUGUUUGUCUCAGGCCUUAGCGAAAAAAAAAUGAAAUGCUAAAAAAGUAGAACUUUUAAUCAAGUUUAAUGAUGUAUAUAAUUGUUUGCUUUUAAAUGUAUUUGAUUGUUUUAUUUCAAUUUUUUCCAGUGUUAUGUAGCUGUAACAAACUUUU